UUACCUUUGAGGUUUUGAAAAUUGCGUAUGCUCGCUAGCGCACUGUUCCUCCGUUUGAAAGUGACAACUCGAGCAGCGACAGCAAUGAACAACAUAAAUUAAUUUCCUAAUAAUUAACGAAACCCCCUUCUACAUUAUGUUUCUCAGUGAUGUGCUGAAAAAGGAAGAAUGCAGGAACGAAGCGCUCCAGGAGCUGCAAAAAUUGGGGAUAAAGUGUCGGCCCAAGAAACCCAAACAACAGACUGUGAAAGCAACCCGUAAAGUGUUCAAAGUUCCUUUAAGAUCUCUCUCGGCGGAAACUGUUACUUUAAAGACCGGACAGCAAAUUGCUGUCCCGAAACUAGUCCAUGAAUUGUGUUCAUUUAUUUUAGCCAAAGUUAGCACGGAGGGGCUGUUUAGGAAAGAGGGCUCCAAGGCGAGACAAAACGAAAUUAAAUUGUUGCUCAAUGGGGGCGGCGCUGUUGAUAGCAAUUACCACAUUAUCGACGUCGCGGCGCUCCUGAAAAUGUUUCUUAGGGAAUUACCGGAGCCUCUGAUACCUUACGGCUACCACGAGUUGUACUUAAGAUGCGCUUUGUUGGAGAAAGGCAGAGUGCGAAAGGAAGCCCUGCUUUUAGCUUGUCUUUUGUUGCCGCUGGAACACCUAAACACUCUGAGUUAUCUGCUGCAGUUUUUUUAUGACGUGACGCAACACUCAGUCUCAAAUAAAAUGAACGCUUAUAACCUGGCCAUAGUCAUAAGCCCUGCAAUUUUUCCCAUUGAGGAAAAGCUUUCGCCACAUAAUAUGCAAAUGAGGACGGCGAAAUUUUGUGAUAUUGUGCAGAUUUUGAUAGAGAAUGCACCUGAAGUAGGUAUUUUGCCGGAGAGCAUCAUCGAACGUCUCGGCUCGAAUUCAAGUGUGGACUUGAAAAAGAAGAAACGGCGCAGUGGAUCGCUCACAAGGAUGUUUAACGGCCUUAAAAAGAUAGUUGGAGGGAAGUCGGAAGAGAAUCAUAACGUGGUUACACCAGACUUGUUACUCACUCCGAUUAACAAUAAUGUGGUGAAAAGACGACGAAUUCAGUCGAACGGAAUUUCGAACAAAAAAAAGAAGGAACUGUUGAAUAAAUUACCCGACAAUGUUUUAUUAAAUACGCCAUUUACGCCGUGUCGCACUCCAGUUAGCAUGGACUUGAGUGGAACACACGAAAAUCACUCAAAAGAACCGAAUGACUUAAUCAAGGAAAAGAAUUGGUUUUCGCGCAGCCGUAGCGUGAAAAACCUGAAACCCGAAGCGGAAACUAAACCAGCAAACACAAAAACUUUACUCGAGCGUCGAUGGUCGGCAAUAACGCAACCCCACAACCUGAAAAAGGCCAAGAAGCGCAAUUCCUUCGCCGCCACGUCGAAAAAGGACGAGCCUGACUACAUUCGAGUCCCGAAAACCGAAUACGAAGCAAUCAAAAGCCGAGUUUCCGCAAUGGAACGCCGAAUUUCGCAAGAACUGGAAAACGUGCAAUCGCGAAUCGAAAACGACAUCAACGAGGAAGUUGACGUGAACAUCGAAAACGUCCAGACUGCCUACGAACAGACCUUGGUCCAGUCCAAGCUGAGCCCGACCGCCGACCACUUGGCCAAGAGACUGAGCCGGGAGUUGAAAAUCCGAAGGAGCGCAGAACAGAAAAUAAUUCGGUCGCCCAGUGCCCGAAAAAUCGGGAGCAUGCGGCGAAAAUCGCUCGAGAAAAGUAACGUGAAACUGGGGCGCCACCAGUCGUGGCACGUGGCCCCCAGAGAGAGCAUCCCUCGGGUGAGCUUGAGGCGGGGGAAGCCCAACACGGUGAUGACAGGUUUGCCAACUUUGGAGCACAAAGAACUGAAACGGACGCCGGUUGGGGAGCCAAUCACACGCAGCGUUUCGUGCAACUUGUCCGGGAGCUCCAGCGACACGUGGGUGAGCGCUGAGGGGUUUUUCGAGACUUUGAAGUCGAAUGACUCCUCGGUGGACGGGAGGGCUUCCCUGGCGCGUCUCAGGAGUCAGAACGCUGGGAUGGUGCUCGCCAAAGCCAAACUUUUCGAUAAGUUGACCGACUCGGACAGUUCCGGCUCAGUUCGGAGCUUGCCGAGGGUGAAGACCGGGACAAAAAUCGGGUGCUGUAGAACCAACGAUUCGCGUUUGUCGUACAGAGUGAGGAGUUUGAAAUACGAGGAGAGGAGGAUCGGAAAGAAGAGCAUGUCCCCGCGUAAACGAAAUUUAACGCAGAAACAGAAGUUACAAAUUGCUAAAGAUUGUCUGGAGAAAAGUAGCGAUAAGGAGAAUAUUCCUGAUAGUUUUGAAAUAGCGAAAGACUGCACUAACCAAAAAUUCGCGUCACCGAAUUACUCAACACCGAGAGUGCCGCCACAUAUCAAAAAGUCGCUUUAUGUGAGCUCCCCCAAGAGGCUGUGUCGGACGCCGGGGGUGGAGCGCAGCACCCCGCUCAGAGUUUUGAUUAAUUAGGAGUGGAAACGAUUUUAUAUAUUUUUGCCAUAUGUUAUUUGUAAAAUGGUCACUUUUAGGACCGCUUUUAUGAUUUUGUGACUUGUAUAUUCGUUUUUAAAUAAAUAAAAGUGAAAGAUUG